UAUAAAACUAAUCUAAUUAUACACACGCAUUUAUUUACGCUUAUAAAUACUAAAAUAAAGUUUUUUAAGUGGUUAGAAACGUGUUUAAAUACGAUAAUGAUGUAAAAUACAACAGUAUGACAUUGUUCUCUGCCAUCUUAUCGUUAGGCUUACAAAUAAAUUUACGUGUAAUAAUCGUCUGAAUGAGUUCGUGUGCGGAUUAAAUAACUCAGCAGAAUGACUGAACAGAUGGGGUCAAAAUCAAAUGAUGUGAAAGCUCGUACGGCAGAUGGCUUACGUUACGGAAAUACAACUUUAUUCAGAAUUACAAAUUUUGAAUUGUUUGUAAAACCAAAUAAAGUGGUGAUGGCUGCAGGUUUGGUUGCAAUUUCUUGCUGUCUCGGAUACAUUGCCUACAUGAGAGCAUCCAUACAGAAGGACAACAUGUACGUCGCCGUUUUGGAAGAUGGAAGCGAACAGGUCGAAGCGAAAAAAUCAAAAUGGGAUUAAUGAAACGAUUAAUUUAAAAUGUAUUGAAGGGAAAAAAUAUUUAAUUAAAUAUAAAAUUUAAAUUUUAUUUCAUAGAUUUAGGUUUUUUUAUACAAGUAGUGAAAUGCA